AUGAACCUGGAAGAAGGGGAGGAUGCAGACACCACCAUUCAGGAAUGUGGUGAUGCUGGAGGAGGGGAGGACUGUAAAGAGUCUUCAUCUCAGUUCUUCCCUUGUCAACACUGCACUGUCUCCUUCACCAACCUAGAGUUCUUGGAGAAGCAUGUCAAGUGGGUACACCAGAAAGAGUAUCUCGAUUCGCUGAAAAAAAGCUUCUCGGACAGCAAACUCAAUCUCACCCCCAAACAUGUAUGUACCACCUGCAAAAGCGCCUUUAACUCUCAAGCCCGCCUUUGGGCCCACACACGGGAAGUUCACCCAGCUCCCCCUCCCCGGAGACUCCACCCCUGCCCAACCUGUGCCCGCAGUUUCCAGUACCUUAAGAACCUGAAGAACCACUGCCAGCGCUGGCAUAAAAUGUCUGUUGUUGCCACAGAUGGACACCUCAGCUGUGCCGACUGUGGGAAGAGUUUUGAGACGACCUGGGGUCAAGGACCUCACGUGUGUCACGAACCUGAGGGCACGAAAUCCCAAGAUACGCCUGUCUGUCUGGACAUUGGUGUGCAGUGUUCGGAAUGUGGGAAGAAGGUGCGCACGCCCCAGAGCCUGGAGGAUCACAUGCGGAUCCACACAGGUGACAAGCCUUUCAUUUGUACAGAGUGCGGCAGGAGGUUCUCAGAACGCAGUGGAUGGCGGCAACACAUGAGAAUACACACGGGGGAAAAGCCAUACAAAUGUCAGAUCUGCGGAAAGGCCUUCUUACGGUCACACCACCUGAAGUGCCACCUAACCACGCACUCUGGUAAGAAGGAAUACUCGUGCUCUCAGUGUGGAAAGCAGUUUGGGUUCAAGUCAAGUCUGGAUCUCCACCUCAGGUCUCAUUCCAGUGAAAAGCCUUUCCACUGCACUAUGUGCGGGAAGAACUUCAACACAAGGAGGAAUCUGAGGGUUCACACCAAACUCCACACCAAUGAGAAGGCCCACCAGUGUGGGGACUGCGGGCUGAAAAUCGGAGAUCUCGGGGCUUUAAAAAUACACUUGCGAACACACACUGGGGAAAGGCCCUACCACUGCACAGUGUGUGGCAACAGGUUCAUCCGCCUGGCACAUCUGAGAAACCACCAGCGCACCCACACUGGCGAGAGACCCUACAAAUGUACUGAAUGUAACAAGAGCUUCACUCAGUCUGGUGACCUAGUGAAGCAUAAGAGGAUACACUCUGGGGAAAAGCCCUUCGAGUGUCCAGAUUGCCAUCGCCGUUACACAUCCUCAGGAGAUCUGGGCAAACACAUGAGAAGCCACACUAACCUACGUCCCUACACAUGCCAAGAAUGCGGAAAGGGCUUCCGUUUAUCGGGACAUUUAAAGACGCACAUGCUUACUCACACAGGGGAGAAGCCAUAUUCCUGCCCCAAAUGCCUUCGCAGAUUCGCUCGCUCUCACCACCUCUCUGGUCAUGUGACCAAAUGUCGCUGAGUCAUCUCUGGAGUGCUGUGUAAUGCUAUGGUCACGCUGUGUGAUGGAGGUUGUCCUUUAUGAUCAUCACGUCACACUGUGUAAUGUGAUGAGAUUAUAAUAUUUAUGUCUACCUUGUUAGAUUUUAUGAUUGGCAUGAAUUCUGAUGACACAAUCUGUCUUUUUGCUCGAGAUUGCCUCAGACGAUGGAACAAUGGUGCAAGGAUCGAGGGAGUGGCAUGUCUUUCACAAAUAUAGCUUUCCGAACAACAUACUCCAAUGCUCGCGAUGUUUUGUGCAGAAAAAAGUAAGAAAAAAAGAAGAAAGUGUUUCACAUGGUCAAGAAAUAGUUUCUCCCUUACAGACAUGAUUUGCAUUUUUAAUUA